AUGGGCAAAUCAAAGAGAACCAAAGGCGGCAACCGCAGCGAUCCCGUAGCCAAAGCCGUCAAGCCUCCCUCAGAUCCUGAGCUGGCCGCUCUGAGAGAGAGCAAGAUCCUGCCCAUCAUAAAUGAUCUGAAAAGCGCCGAUCCUAAAUCUCGCUCUGCCGCCGCUUCUCUCAUUUCAAGCAUCAUCCAAGACACAAAGUGCCGCAAGCUACUACUGAGAGAACAGAUCGUCUACACCAUCUUGACACAGACUCUGACAGACGCUGCCCUUGAGAGUCGGGCUGCCGGAUGGGGAAUCUUGCAAGUCUUGGCCCAGGAGGAGGAGGCUGAUUUCUGUGUCCAUUUGUUCAGACAAGAUGUGUUGACGGCAAUUGAAUUCGCCGCAAGGCUGAUCCAUGACAAAGUCUUCUCAAACGAUACCCCUUAUGCAAAGCUGCCCAAGGCGGAAAAGAGUUUCAUCUCAAGCAUUGCGGCGUCUCUAGUCUCACUGCUGACGGCUCUAGCUGAGGCUGGCGACGAAAUCCUGGAAGCUAUUUCCAACAACACAACCAUUACUAACCUGCUCUUCACCCUCAUCACUUAUACUGCUCAAGAAGACCAGGAUCCUCUAUCGAAUAUCCGCGGAGACGCCAUGGCUUGCCUCAUGAUUCUCUGCGAAGACAACUCCGAUCUAGCCCAAAAACUCACCUGUUCUGGCAGCAACACCGCCUGCUAUGAAGCCCUGGUCGCCCUGAAGGGUGAUGUCAGCGGAGAUGGCAUCUUGGCUUGUGCCAUCCUUCAAAACAUUUAUGCUUCCCUUCUUGGGCUGAAGAACAUAUCGCCAAAGACUGAUGUGGCCGACGGCUCAGACCUGAUACCAACUCUCACCAAAGCCAUCGCUACAUAUAUCCCUGGACAGAGUGUCGCCAACGGCAGCAGUUGGUCUAGUCCCUCAGAGUAUCAACAACUAGCUCUGGAGACGAUUGCAUCCAUCGGCACAAGUCUUAAAAGCCAUGGCGAAGCUGAUAAGGAGGACAACGACGAGGAUGAGGACGAUGACGAAAACAUGGAUGAAGUGGCCUCAGACGCAGACGACAACGAAGAUGAGGACGGAGAGGAUGAUGAAGACGAUGACAUGAACGAAGACGAGAUGGAAGCCGACAUGGACAUGGUCACGGGUGGUGAUCACGGUGAAGACAACAUCGACCACCUUCCAACCCUCAAGUCUCUUGUCCAGACUGCUCUGCCCGAGCUGAUCCGCCUUGCCACCCUCCAGCCCUCCGACGAACUCUCCCUCAAAAUCCAAGCACAUGCUCUCUCCGCCCUAAACAACAUUACCUGGUCCGUCUCUCUCUUCGACCUUUCUGACGAGUCCAAUGCCGGUAUCAAAGCUGCCUGGACCCCCAUCAGUCGCGCCCUCUGGCAGCAGAUCAUCUCACCUACACUCGCCUCCGACACCGCCGACGUCGAUCUCGCCACCCAAAUCACCAGUCUCGCCUGGGCCAUCUCCCGAAUCCUCCGUGGCGAGACCCCUCUCCAGCCCAACGAGCACCGCAAAUUCAUCUCCCUCUACCAGGCCACCAAGGGGGCGCCCGCCCGCCUCGACCCCGAAGACCCGUUCCAGGCCCUCGGAGUCAAGUGCAUCGGCGUCCUCGGCCAGCUGGCCCUUCACCCCGCGCCCACGGACCUCAACCGUGAGAUUGGCACAUUCCUCAUUACUGUCCUUGCCGGACUUCCGGACACUCCUACUGCCGAUGCGGUGGAGGCGUUCAACCAAGUCUUUGACAUAUACGGAAACGAGGAGUACACCUACGACGCAGAGGUUUUCUGGAAAGGAGGCUUCUUGAAGCACCUCGACGGAACUGUUUCAAAGGCAAGGGCCAUGGCCAAGGGCGUGAAUAAGACUGCCCAGCCAGAAUUAAGGGAUAGGGCGGACGAGGUCAUUAUGAAUUUGACGAGAUUUUUGGCGUAUAAGAAGAAACAUAAGCCGGUGCAGGUAACACUGAGAUAG